GAAGGAAGAUCGUGUCUUGGUACGGAUCAAGCACAAAAUAUCUGGAUGAGACCACGCGAAUAUAAUAACGUGAUUCCGGCAUGAUAUAUGUCACUGUUCCGCAAACUUUCCGCGGAAUUCGAAGCGUCUCGGUUAAACGUUUCAGUCGCUAACCUACUUUGUUCCCGAAGAUGGGACGCAUUGUAUUCUUUCGGUCGUGCCGUUUGUUCUGAAAUUCCGACGAGAAAGCAGGCAAAUGGAUCCACAAGCAUCGCAGGUGGACAACAGAUUGGAUUUCCUCGGCAGUUACGUGCAAAAAACGUUAAAACUAAAACCAGAAAAAUGGACUCGCAUGAUGAACACCGAAGAGCACAAGGCGGUGAUCAAGAAAUUCCUAGAAAGACCCCAACCAGUAUUACUAGUCGUAAUACUAACACAAACAGCCCAACUCAUCGCCACCAGCGGCUUUCCUUUACCACAAUUGAAGAGCAAAGGAGUAUAUUUCGUUAAAAAAUCCCCUAUCCCCGUAUGCAAACUCACACCUUCAGACACCAUCAUACCAGGCGACCUAUCAUCGAAGGUAAUCGAUCAACUAGCAUCUCUAGUAGACGAGAUUCUGGUACCCCUGUUGUCCAACCCGCGCAACCACGAGGGAUGGCCCGCCGUGAUAGCGAAGGACGUGCACCGGCACGUGCACAGCCUCCGGAGCACCGUCUACCAGGUGAAGGGCCAGGUGAACGGGCAGACGGUGCUGCCGAUGCCCGUCGGCGUCGACCGCGUCUUCGAGGCCGAGAGGACCGUGGUGGAGAGCGACGGGGAGACGUGCGAUUUGUACCUGAAGAGCGCCAUCGAGGCGGUGGUGAUCAAAUGGUCGGCGCAAAUCAACGACGUCCUGGCCGACGACUCGUCGGAGAAGGCUCCUGCCAUCGUGAAUCCAGUACCGGCAAUCGGUAGAUAAAGUAGUUUCCACUAAAUACUUUGUAGAAGUUAAUUUUGUAGAAUUGGAAUUCUGGAACAAGCGCCAGAAGAACCUGCAGUACAUCUACGAUCAACUGAAAGAGCCGAGAAUUAGAAGUAUGGCGACGAUACUG